AUGACUGAGCAACCCAAACCAGCGGUACAUCGAAUCCCUGUCGAACUCUGGUGGAUAAUUCUGGACGAAGCCAUCGAACAGCAUAACCCGUUAUUCUUCUCGACUAUCUUUGAGGGAAGUAGCUGGUUAAAACACUCAAGUUCGAGAUCCUUUGGGCAAGAAGAUGGACUGCGAGCGCGCGCCGAGUCACAGAGGAAGGUGAUUGGCUCCGUAUGCCGCUCGUGGCGAGAUUUUGCUCGUUCAAGACGGGAUAAUUAUGUCACUUUAUAUCUCGAUAAUAAAGGCGAAUUGUAUGGAGAUAUCGAGAGAGCGGUAAACGCUCGAAGGGUCAAGCUUUACAAGCGUCUCUAUGAAAAUUUGGUCAGAUCUAUACAAAUUGGCCAGGGUUUCAACUGGGAAACUGUGGAGAUAAGCGAGAAGGAUGCAUUAGGGCUUGCUCUCAUUCCACUUCCCCAUCUACGGCGUCUGAAGAUGAGAACAAAUCAAUACUUCCUUCUCGACCCAUUCCUCGAUACACUGAUCAAAUUUAGCGACAUCACUUGGCUAGAUUAUGAUGCCUCUAUUCAAUAUAGAGGGACUAUCUCAAUGGGUGGCGAGAGAUCUCCAGUCGUACUACCAAACCUUCAGGUUCUCUGCUACAGCGUCGCGGAUGCCUUUACAGGUUCCUUAGAGUUUCCCUUCCAACAGCUUAUACUUCCAUCUCUUCGAUUCUUGUCCUUCCAUAUGAUAGGUACCGGUUUCAAUGUUCCUCUAAUCAAGAUCCUGUCACGUUAUCGUCAAACACUCCGGUCGGUCGCCGUCAGAGUAAAGAGACCAGAAGGAACUCUGCCCUGUGUUCAGUUUCCUCCGUGGUACGAGUUUCCCAAGUUGGAGGAGUUGGCCAUCGACAGGCCAUGGGUUAUCAAUUUUCACUCCCUCUCUUCCGGGCAUCCGCUACAAAAGUUAGAAGCACAGAUUGAUUCGUUGGGCAUUAUACCUUCACUCUUAGGGGUUGAGAGUUUGAAGGAAAUAACCUUGCGGAGGUCCCGCUGGGCAGCUGCUGGAGGACUGACCCUAACAGAUAAAAAUGGAAAAUUGAAUAUAGAUAGAGUAAAGGUAGAUCGUCUCUUGGGACAAGCGGAAGGUAGAGAGACUCCAUUCGGAGUAAUUUGGAAUGGGGGAUAUUUACCAAGACACAAAGCGACUGGCAGUGCGACUGAAGCAAGCUCCAGGUGA